AGCCAGCGAUUGGGCUUUGGCACCCUGUCAAUCUGCUGUCUGCUCAGAAGCCUAGAAAUAGCGCUGGGGCAAUCUGCUGGGCUGUGAGAAAGGAAGCAGCCAUGCAAGUGCUAACUAAACGCUAUCCCAAGAACUGCCUGCUGACGGUCAUGGACCGGUACUCAGCCGUGGUGCGGAACAUGGAGCAGGUGGUGAUGAUCCCCAGCCUUCUGAGGGAUGUGCAGCUGAGUGCGCACGGAGGCUCGGUCCAGGAGGGGGCCCCUGAUCUCUAUACCUACUUCACCAUGCUUAAGGCCAUCUGUGUAGAAGUGGACCAUGGGCUGCUGCCAAGGGAGGAGUGGCAGGCCAAGGUGGCCGGCACCGAAGCCAGCGAGGGUGAGAAUGAAGCUGCUGACACAGAAGAGGCUGAAGAAGACAGGAUCUCUGCGGAGCUGGACCUAGAAGCCCAAUUCCAUCUGCACUUCUCCAGCCUCCAUCACAUCCUUACCCACCUUACCCGGAAAGCCCAGGAAGUGACAAGGAAAUACCAGGAAAUGACAGGACAGGUCCUGUAGGUCUCCAGCGCUAAGGAAGGUAAUGGUGGCCAUGCUGGUGGGUUACAAUCCACAAAGGACAUUCCA